AUGAGCAAUGGCAAUCCCAACAGUACACGCCUAGAACAGCAAUUUGCUAAUUUAGGCCUGAAGGAGAAUCAAAGUUCGGGGAAACCUACCGCUGGUCGUUAUGUUCCUCCACAUCUAAGAAAUCGCGAACAGCCUCAACAACAGCCUGCGCAACAACAACGGCGUCCACAUUCACAAAAAAAUGAUAACGAUAAUGAUCAAUUUAAUGCUCAGUAUAGUAACGAGUCUGACGAGUUAGUUCCACCUCUUCAGCCACGUCGUGCUAACGGAUGGCAUCAAAGGAAUGAAAGUGCAUCACCUACUGUUAAUUGGGACAGUCGUCAUGGGUCUUUCCCACGUGCCGAUGCUUGGGGUGGUAGCCGUAGUGAAAUGGGUUAUUCGAGUCCUCAACGCAGUGGUUGGAGUGAUCGCGCAUCAUCUCAAGGCGAUCGCUAUUCUGGUUAUCGCUCUGGCGUAAGAUAUUCUAGUGGUCAUGGUCGUGGUGGAUCCUUUCCCGAAGAAGGGUUUGGUCGUCGAGAAGAUGGAUAUGGAUUUUGGCGUGAAGGUGUUCACCAUAUUGGUCAAAAAAAUCAACGCACAGAACGAGACUUGUUUGGUUCGCCAGAUGACCCCGACCGGCAACAUACCGGUAUCCAUUUCGAAAAGUAUGACGACAUUCCCGUUGAAGCCAGCGGAAAUAACGUUCCAGAAUGUGUUUCAGACUUCACAAGCCCUCCGUUGGAUCCCCAUCUCAUCAGCAACAUCGGACUUGCACGAUAUUCUGUACCUACUCCUGUACAGAAAUAUUCAAUACCAAUCGUUUCAAGUGGCCGUGAUCUUAUGGCUUGUGCUCAAACCGGUUCAGGAAAAACCGGAGGGUUCUUAUUUCCAAUUUUAUCUGAACUAUUUAAACAAGGACCCGCACCUCCCCCUCCCGAGCAACCGGGUUAUUCUCGCGGAAUGUCUCGCAAUCGUAAGGCUUAUCCGGUCGGUCUUGUUCUUGCACCCACCCGUGAAUUGGCUUCUCAAAUUUAUGAUGAGGCUCGAAAAUUUGCUUAUCGUUCUUGGGUUAGGCCUUGUGUUGUGUAUGGAGGUGCCGAUAUUAAUUCUCAAAUACGGCAAAUUGACCGUGGUUGCGAUCUAUUAACUGCUACCCCUGGACGUCUUGUCGACUUAAUUGAGCGUGGUCGGGUGAGCUUAUCUCAAACCCGAUAUUUGGUGCUCGAUGAAGCUGAUCGUAUGCUAGACAUGGGUUUUGAACCUCAGAUUCGUCGCAUUGUUGAACAAGAAGGCGUUGAUCACAGACAGACACUUAUGUUUAGUGCCACCUUCCCUCGAGACAUUCAAAUACUUGCCCGGGAUUUUUUGAAGGACUACGUUUUCCUGAGCGUCGGACGUGUUGGUAGUACAAGCGAGAAUAUCACUCAAAAGAUAGAAUUCGUUGAAGAUGAUGACAAGCGGUCGGUUCUAUUGGAUAUUCUUCAUGCGCAACCGGAAAGCGGACUCACUCUGAUCUUUGUCGAAACUAAGCGUAUGGCCGAUGCGCUAUCUGAAUUUCUCAUAAAUUCUAAUUAUCCGGCCACUUCAAUUCAUGGAGAUCGAUCGCAACGAGAACGAGAACGCGCGUUAGAAUCUUUCCGUACGGGUCGCACCCCUAUCAUGGUGGCGACUGCAGUUGCUGCUCGUGGAUUGGAUAUUCCAAAUGUUACUCACGUCAUCAAUUAUGAUUUACCUACCGAUAUUGAUGAUUAUGUGCAUCGCAUCGGUCGCACAGGUCGCGCUGGUAAUGCUGGUCAGUCGACAGCAUUUUUCAACCGUGGUAACAAAGGUUUAGUAAGAGAUCUGAUUGAUCUGUUAAAGGAGGCCAAUCAAGAAAUACCCGUCUGGUUAGAAAAUAUAGCGAGGGAGAACUCAGGUUUCGGUCCACGUAGUGGGGGUCGAGGUCGUGGCCGAGGCCAAAACCGUGAUUAUCGUAAAUUUGGUAGCAGUAGCGAACGGGGAGGCUAUGGAUCAAAUCAAGA